AAAAAUAAUAGUGAAGUUGGACUGACUUUUUUUCUAAGAGUCUUCCCACCUCAAACACUCUGUAGGUCUGUAACUUUGGGAAAUUUCACUCCCCCAAGUUUGAUGUCAUACCAGUCCCCAGGGUAGCAGUACCUGAUGACUUCAUCAAUGAGUCUGUGACAUCAUGCCUCCUCCCCAGGGAAAGGGCCAAGGUUCCUGGGGGUCCCUCAUUUCCUGUGCUUCAGAGUAGCCAAACGGCAGCAAACUAAAGCCUUGGAAGGAAACCUACUGUCCCAAUCCUCUCCUCCCCCUCCUCUCCCCGACAUCAUGGACUCCCAUGACAGGACUCCUAACUCUUACAUCCAGAACUUUGGCUACCACCACCAGGAGAAACAGCAGGUGCUGGACACUGGUGAACAGCUGAUGGUCCCGGCAGAAGUGUUGCAGGAGACCAACAAAGCAGUCUGGUGGAAGUUCCUGGUCUCAGGGGCUGUGGCCGGUGCUGUGUCACGAACUGGGACAGCCCCGCUGGACAGGGCUAAAGUCUUCAUGCAGGUCUAUGCCUCCAAAACAAAUAUCAUGAAUUUGCUGGGGGGCAUGCGGAGCAUGAUCCAAGAAGGUGGAAUCAGCUCCCUGUGGCGGGGAAAUGGCGUCAAUGUGCUCAAGAUUGUCCCCGGGUAUGCCAUCAAGUUCUCCGUCUUUGAGCAGAGUAAGGCUUCGUUGUGCAGCCAGAAAACCCCACAACCCUUCCAGGAAAAAAUCCUGGCUAGCUCCCUGGCAGUGGCCAUCUCCCAAACACUCAUCAACCCCAUGGAGCUGCAGGAGAUGAAGACCCGGCUGAUGCUCCGGAGGACGGGCCAGUACAAAGGGCUGCUGGACUGUGCACACCACGUCUUAAGGCACGAGGGAGCCCGAGCCUUCUAUUGGGGCUACUUCCCCAACAUGCUGGGCAUUUUGCCUUAUGCCUGUACCGACUUGGCCAUCUAUGAGUCCCUCAAAUGGGUCUGGGUCAACUUAGGGUUUGAGUCGAACAGUGGGACAGUUGGCCUGUUGUCCAUCACACUGUCCAGCAACUGUGGCCAGAUGGCCAGCUACACCCUGACACUGGUGCGGAUGAGAAUGCAGGCUCAAGACACCGUGAAGGGCUCAAAUCCCACCAUGCGAGGUGUCUUUGCGAAGAUCCUAGCGCAGCAGGGCAUGGCUGGCCUGUACCAGGGGGUGACUCCCACCCUCCUGAAGGUGCUGCCAGCAGUGGGCAUCAGCUAUAUGGUGUAUGAAGCCAUGAAGAAUGCUCUGGGGGUAGUGAAGUAGCCUUCCUUCUUGUCUGGAGGGUUAGAGGACCAGAGAACCCCCAGCAGGCGCUGGGGAGGAUUUGAAGGGUCGGGACAGUAAAAGUGUUCAUAAAGGAGUGAAGUCAUCCAUUGUGUGGCAUCUGUGUAUGUGGGUGAGAUGUGGAGUAUGGGCCAAGCAUACCUGAAUUGUAGGAGUGAAACCAGUGAUCCAAGACAGCUGUGGGACAACAUUGGAGCCUGGGCCUCUGUGCUGAGGGAAGAAAACUAGUGGCUGAAGACAUCUGGACUACAAAAUGGAUACUGGGAUCCAGGUUACCUGGAACAUGCAAGAGAAAAUGGAGCCCAGAACACUUAGGUUGUGGGAGGGGAGCUUAAAGCCCAAGUCACAACAUCUCAUUUCCAUUUUUAGCAGGGUUCCUAAAACUCAUACAUCAGCAUAAUUCUGUAUAGUCUGCCCGGAUUUUUAGCAAAGCAUUGGGCAAGGUGUCUCAUUCUAUUUUUGUGGGAAAGGUGGAGAAGCAUCACUUGUAAAAGCUCUAUGAAUUCAGAAAUGGGUCAAAUGGCUGUAACCCAAGAGGAAUUAUUAGUGGUUCAGCGUACAUUUGGAAGAUAGUCUCCAACAGAUUAGGGAUC